AUGUCUUUCUUUGGGCGCCGUCGUCGCUCUCAGUCGCUGGCCGACCAGGACAACAGCUCGACCCGCCAGCAGGUCCCACGUCAUCCAUCCUUGGGCUCGCAUGGCAGUGGGCCAAGCGAAGGGUUCUUUCAUGGGUUAUUCCGCCGAAGCAGUGAUAGCUCGCUGUCGGCAGAUACGCCCAAACACGAGAGAAAGCCGACUUCAGCCAUUCCACUUUGUAUUGAGACUGAUCGGUCUCCCAGGCGAAGAAACAGAGAUGAAUCUUCCCAGAGCUCCGGAGAUUCGACCCCUAGCAUCCCAGGGCCCCCUAAACCGGCUACUGCCGCCGCGGCUCACAAUGAGCCCAAGCAACCGGGAAACAUCCAAGAUCAUCUUGAGUACAGGCUUGAUAAGGCCUGCAGGCCCAAAGAUGAUGCAGAUCCGAGUACAUCAAAUGGAUCAAUUAUGACCAAGGACGAGAUCAAAGCCCUCUUUUCCGGAGCACCUCAUUUUCUCCUGGAGCGAGGCAAGCAUAAACGCUGGUAUCCGCAAGUCAUCUUUCCUUGGGAUGAGCACAACCCGUCCAUUCAGCGCAUGCUAGACCGCAAACCGCUUCCUCAUCCGGCUUUCACGCUGUGCACGCUUCAUGCCCACCUACCCGUGCCCGAUGACUGGGCCGUGAGAGGUGGGGUGCCAACCCCGAUAGAAGAUUGGGGUCGAAGGGAUGCCUCCAGAAGAGCUACAUUUGAUGUCGGGAUCUUCGAAGUGCCCAACAUGCUCGCCAAUAAUGGGAGAGAGCCAGGAACAGUGGGCUUCCGACACUUUUUAGAGCUACCCCUGGCCGAUGCGGUUCGAUUUUCCGGUCCAGGUGAGCCUCGACAAGCACCAAACCUUCUGUGUGUGUCUUCACUACCGGCGACAGAGGCAUUCGAUCUGAUGGAGAACUACAACAAGCCCUAUUCGCAAUGUCUCAGCGGGGCCGUAUAUGACCGACACCAAUUGCUCCGAGAUGGCCCUUCCGUUUGGAAACGCAUUGGUGUACGUGAUAUCAAUCUGCGAGUUCUGAUGAAACGUCUCGAUCAUCUACGACAGAUCCGCCAAGGUGUUCUACGCGAUGGAUCGACCAUGACGAUUUUGGACUACGAAACCCCCCAUGAACAGUACAAUAUGCUGCAUUCGCAUUUCCUUUAUCCGCGUCCACCCCCCGCAGACGUACUGCCCGGACACCCACAAAGUAUCAAGUCUCAGAUCAAAACGCUGGUCACUGUGCUAGCCACUCCCGGGGCAUGGGUCGAUUUCAGUUUGCCUGAAUGGCGAUUUCGAGCUGGACAGUUACUGUGGGAAGUGCCGCCGCAUGGAGACGGAGACUACAUCGAUGAGGGUGUUUGCAAUGGUGGGACACGAAAAGAACCAUGGGUGAACUCGGGCAUGGAGCGAAAAUGGUUGCUGGUUCAACUACUUCUUGCAGCAGAGCUGUUGAUUCGUUUGGAUGCAUUCGUUCGCAUCGAUAUGUUACAUGAUCCCCAUGGUGGUCAGAUGACGGUACAAGAGCUCUAUCAUUUUGACAAGCUGCGAGAAGGCAAGGUCAAUUGGGAUCUUGUGGUUGUACGUCGCUUCCUUGACAAUCUUGAGAUUACUUGUCCACCAACAUCAACAUCCAAUGGGACGCCAGUCGAUACACAGGCCAGCGAGAAGGCAGCGACAGCUGCCAAACCACGUCGUUUCACACUAUUCGAGUCACUCGGUCGCCGCAUCUCAUCCAAUGCUGAAACUGAACUUCACUCUGCCUGGCUAUGCCGCAUCAAUUCUCCUCACACGCGACAACAACUCGAAGGACUCUACAAUUUCGCCGAAAAUAUCGGAUGGCCCAAUAUCGACGCCCUAAGGAUGACCUUUGACCAGAAGCUAAGGGACAACAAAGACAUUUUCUCCCCGCAACCCGGGAUCAGGCCUAGUCAACAGGAAACUACAGCCAGCCAGCCCGCGGCGCGGUCACUGGCCAAGGAGAACAUGUACAGCCGCAGCGCAUCACGCCGGUGCGUCCGGCUCCACAGUCGCUGUGCCGAUGACCACGAUCCGCAUGCAGACGAGCCACUGGGCUGGAUCUCGCGAAGCUGGCUGUCUGGAUUCGUGAUUCCGGGCGAACCCAUUUGUCACCUACUCAUCGGGACGUUGCUAGAGAACGAUGCGGCCGCAGUACAGCACCUCGGCCCAACAGCUAAUCUCUACGGCGGCUUUGCAUAUGCCGGACGCAGUUGGUGGAGCAAAGCGUGCAUUGUUGGGCGCGUCUUAUCUAGUCUCAACGGCGCCCAGACUUGUAUGGGAUGGGUCGGCAGCGACGUGCUCCCCCGCGAUGCGACUAAGUUGGAGGUGCUUGGGCCCGGAUGGUUUGAAGUGUUGACGGAGGCCCCGUUGGAACGAUCGGGCAAACCGAGAAUCAAGCAAGGAUGCAAGCUAGAGGCUGAGUCGACGCCGUUGGGGAUAGGAGACAUCACCGCUGAUGCCUUUACGUUGCCAAUUGACCAGUCGACGGCCACACCUGUUGUGAGUUUGGGCGCACUGACGCUGUCCAUCAGCACGUCGAACUCGCGAGCUAUCACAACCAGCGACGAGACAUCACUUUCUUUCUCCCUGCAUGGCGGUGGCGGUGCAGACACACAGUCGUCGAGGGUGGUGACCUUCCCACUCAAGCAUAAUGUGCGGUUUAUAUCAGCCCAUGCAUGCUGUCCACCCCGGGGAAGCACAUUGCACCACCCCGGAGAAGCCGAGACGCCCUCCGCUGCUGAGCAUCGUAAGACAACCUCCUCGGUCCGUGGGUGUGGUAAGGGUACACGUCUCGCAGGACAUCCCUUACACCGGUCUUUCCCCUACGAGCGCGUGGGAUUGGAGACUCUUUCCCAGCACACUGGACCGCCAACACCAGGGCGCGCCGGCGACCCAGACCCGGCGGUGCUCGUCAUCGACGCGCGCGGGGACCGAGUCCGGGAAACCUUCGUGCGAGCGUGGUGCGCCGCAGUCGGCCGCCACGCCCUCAUCGGGCGAGCGGGGCGGACUUGCAUCGCAUGUUGUGUGCGCGAGGCGAGGGCUGUGGACGUCCAGGUGGUGGUGCGAGUGGGCGAGUGA